CAAGUGCGAUUAAAACGCGCAUUGUGCUACAUUUAUACAAGAAGAAACAAUUGUUACUUGUUAUUUAUUAUUUUGUUACUAAAAAAGCCUCCAUAUUUUAUAAAUUUAAUUAAAAAUUCAUUUUAGUUAAUGAAUACAAUUAAAUCAGAAAUUAAAAGCAUAAAUUUGUCUGUCUGUUAGCUCAAACAUAAUGUAUCCAGUUAUUCUUGACUUAUCAGUGACUCAUAGCAAUAAUUAAUUAAAGAGGGAAAAAUAAUUAUUUUUCACUACAACGUUUGUAACUAAGUGAAGAAAAACGGACCUGACAACGCUUUACAAGGUGUACCCCAUCAGCCCUGCAACAGGGCCAGGUGCAGCGCGUUCAGUAUGGGAGCUGAGUCCAGACCCCGACAUGGUCGGUCAUAUAUCGAACAAUUCUAUCGGCACUCACAACGUCAAUAUGACCAAGAGAAACGUCCCCAGGGAAAGGAAUACUCCUGACGAAAAUAUUUAUGCUGACGAAGCUACUACUGGCCAAAAUCCUACUGAUGAAACUAAGAGGAUCUUUGAACUUCUUCGUGCUGGAGAUACAGAAACCGUAGAAGAAUUAAUUGAAAAAAAUGGUUUGAGUAUCCUGAGUGUACGUGACAAAUGGGGUUACACCCCAGCUCAUUGGGCAGCAUUAGACGGCAAUGUUGAAGUAAUGCGGUAUUUAGUUGAAAGAAAUGGACCAGUUGAUUUAUCUUGUCUCGGUACACAAGGACCUAAACCAAUUCACUGGGCAUGUAGAAAAGGUCAUAGUGCUUUAGUUCAAAUCCUUUUGAAGGCAGGUGUAGCAGUAAACACAGCAGAUUUUAAAGGGCUGACACCUUUAAUGACAGCCAGUAUGUUCGGAAAAUUCGCAACAGCAGCAUUUCUUCUCGGGUCUGGCGCACUAGGUCACCUCACAGACAUUAAUGGGGACACUGCACUUCACUGGGCCGCUUACAAAGGACACCCGGACUUGAUACGGUUGCUGAUAUACAGCGGAGUAGAUCUCCAAAAGCCGGAUUACUUUGGCUCGACACCUUUGCACUUAGCAUGCUUAUCAGGAAAUGUUAGCUGCGUAAAAAUCCUCUGCGAGAAGAGCAAAAUAGAGUUAGGACCACGCGACAAGAACGGAAAGACACCUCUCCAAUUAGCCAAGAGCCACCGACACUCGGAAGUGGUCGCCAUUCUGGAGAACGAACAAAAGCAGCGAGCGCGAUGGGUACCGCCAAUAAAUGAGCUUUGGGCACUGCUAUUUGGCGGAGCGGGAAACAGUAAAGGGCCAUUAUUAUUAUUUAUGGGAUCUGUUUUAUUAUGGGGCUAUCCGAUGUAUCUGAUUAAAUGCAUACCUCUUACAUGGAAUUUCCUACGUGGUAGUCAUUACUGUUUUAUUUACUGGAACAUCGUCAUGUGGCUGUCGUGGGUCGUCGCUAAUAGACGCGAUCCCGGCUACGUUCCUCAAAAUAGCGAUACUUAUUAUAGAGCCAUUAAACAGAUUCCGUAUUUUGAUAAAUGGAAGAAAAGAAAUGUUAUUUUAUCACGAUUAUGCCAUAGUUGUAGAUGUUUUAGACCACUAAGGGCUAAGCACUGUAGAAUUUGCAAUCGUUGUGUAACUUAUUUUGAUCAUCAUUGCCCUUUUAUUUAUAAUUGUGUUGGCUUGCGUAAUAGAAUGUGGUUUUUCUUAUUCGUAAUGUGCGUGGCAAUAAAUUGUUCAUUUACACUCUACUUCGCGUGUUAUUGCAUUGCAAUUGAGGGAUUGCAAUUGAUGUACGUGUUGGGUCUGAUAGAGGCGCUAGUAUUUUGCGGACUCGGUUGGAUACUAACAUGCACAUCAGUACUGCACGCAUGCAUGAAUUUAACUACCAAUGAAAUGUUUAAUUACAAAAGGUAUUCCUACUUGAGAGACAAAAAAGGUAAAUAUUCAAAUCCUUUUAGUCGAGGACCAGUGCUCAAUUUCAUCGAAUUUUUUCUUUAUCCUCCCGACCACUAUGCCACUGACCCGCAGCAUUACAAUAUUUUGUCCGAAGAAGCCAUGUAAAAACUUACUUUACUUAUUUACUUUUUUUCCCACCUCAAUCAUUUAUUUUACACUAAACUAUAAUACGCUACAAAAUAAUACUUAGAUAAAACGUUACACACGCACAAAUAAUUAAAAAAUAUCAUGAUUCAAUAGCAUCUUUAUAAUUUAUUAUAAUAUCAAUAUGUCAUUUUUAUUACUUAAAAA